AAAUUUAAAAUUUUCAAGGAAGAACUAUUGGUAUCCCUGGAAACAACCAAAACGUCAAUAAAUAUAACAAAUUUGUUUACUUAUUAUUAUGUCUGAAGAGGAAAUUAAAGAAUCAAAGCCGGUGGUUGCCAGGACACCUGUGGAUAUUCAAAGGAUCAAACUAGAGAAACUAAUGAAAAAUCCAGAAAAAGCUGUGAUAAUACCAGAGAGGCCUAAAGAGAGAGGUGCACCAAUAGUGCCAGACUUUGUUAGGAAUGUUAUGGGUUCUAGUGCUGGAGCUGGAUCAGGAGAAUUCCAUGUUUACAGGCAUUUGAGACGUAAGGAAUAUGCUAGACAACAUUACAUGAAUGAAAAAGCUAAAUGGGAAAAAUUAGAAGAUGAAUAUCAUGAUAAAAUUGAUGAGAAUAAAAGGAAAGCUGAACAAGUAACUGCAAAGAAGAGAGCUAAAAGGUUAAAGAAAAAAUCUAAUAAAAAGAAACCAAAGAUGCAGAAAGCCAAGAGCAGCAGCAGUGAAUCAGAAUCUGAUUCAGAAACUGAAAAAGAAAAUGCAGACAAGGAAACUGAAACAGAGACAUCAAUGGAAACUAAUAAUACUAUAACAAAUGUAGAAUCUAAGGCUGAUGAAGGUGAUGCAAAGCCUUCAGAAAAUGAUAAUAAGAAUGAAAAAGACCAAGCAAAUGUACCUGAAAACGAAACAACGUAAACUCAAGUUUUUUUUUAUAACAAUAUAAACUUAACUUGUUACUAGUAUUUGUAUUAAUAAAAUUUAUUGAAAUUA